AUGGAAGAGGUAUCAGAUCUUGAAUUAACAGAAAUGGACACAAGCAAUGAUAUGGAAGAUAUUGAAGGAGACAUGGAUGAUUUUCCAGAAGAAUGGAUGGUAUUAGAUGAUGCAGAUGACAUAGAGGCAACAGAAGUUCAUUCUAAUCAGAUAUCUGAGCCUGAUAAUUCCAGCAAAAAUAUCAACACAUCAGCAGAAAGCCAUUCUUUGCUUAAAACAGACACUGUGACUCUGAAGACUGAAAAUGUUCCAAAGAGUGAUAAACAGUUUUCAGGUCAGCUUAGUGAAAAACAGCCUUCAGUCAAACAAAGUUCUGCAGUCUCCAAACCUUCAGCUACAAAGCCAGGAGUGGGAGCCUCAAAUUCAGCAACAGCACCAACCUCAACAUCAGGAACAGAAACUGCAGGAACCCCUAAGUUAGGAGAGAUAGUACAAGCAGAUAUAAAACCAACAACUCAAACUCCCAAAAAGCCAGUAACAGUCGGGGGAGUGGCAAAAACUCCAAAGCAAGCACAGGCAACUUUAAUAACCUCAAAGUCAGCGGUGGUAGUUCCAAAAAAGCCACAGACCGCAAAGGGAGGAGGAACAGGCUCAGAGCUGUUAGAAACAUCAUCAACAAUCACAAAGUUAACCAUGACAAUUCCAGCAAAGGAUACAACAGCAGCCUCAAAGCCAGUAAUGGAAAUAGCAGCCACUCUAGAGCAAUCAGAAACAACAGCAGCUACCACAAAGUCAGCAGUAGAAAUAAAUCUAGCAGCAGUAGCCUCAAAGCCAGCAGUGGAAACGGCAGCCACUCCAGAGAAAACAGAAGCAGCUACAGCUACCACAAAGUCAGUAGUAGCAGUAAAGUCAGCAGCAGCAACUCCAAAGCCAGCAGUGAUAAAGUCUGUAGAAGCAGUACUAACGACCCCAAAAUCAACAAAAACAAUAGGAGCAGGUUCUGAGUCAAAAGAAAUAGUGGCAACAACAAUGCAGUCGACAUCAAACCAGCAACAGUCACAAAGUCAUCAGCAACAACCUCAAAGACAGCUAAAGCAACAACAGCAGCUGCAAAGCCAGCAGUUGCAAGACCAACAACUCCCAAAUCGGAAGGAACAAAAUUUACAACACUGA